CCGUUGAGAAACAUCGGAACGCGAAAUCGUGACGCGUGCAGCGUAGGUUACGCAACUGCUGAUGUCGAGCUCUGGCAGAAAAAACUGCUGUUGAGCAGAAACGGGAGAAAAGGGGAUCAUCGAAGCUGUUGCGCAAGGGUGAACGCUCAAAGCACGCUGGGCCUGUUCGGAGCAGUUGCAUUGUGGUACCGGUUCAUCUUCCCGAGUGUCAGUCAGUCGGCCAUGGAGAAAAAAUGGUGAACAAAGCUCACCUCACUAGUCGAAAACGGUGCUGCGUUGCACCGUGUUGUGGUACUAAAACCAGCGUAGCAAUGGGGCCAAUCGUUUAGAGUUGGUUAACUUGCA